AUGAAGGUUCCUGCCAGAGACGUCAUCAGGAUCGCCGCUGAAACUUGGGUUCCGUACAUCGAAGUCAUCAUACGCGAAGACGGUAGUUACGAAGUAGACGGACCUAUUGGUAACCUUCUCAAGAUUAUCGCCGAGGAAGUGGAGCUCGCUGUGGGACCCUUCACCAUCACGCCGGAGAGGGAGACAGCUUGUGAUUUUUCUGCUUCUGUUCACACUGAUGACUUGGCUAUCAUGAUGACCAGACCUGGACUCACCAACGACAUCAGCGCCUUCCUCAGGCCCUUCUCUCUCCUGGUGUGGCUGCUCUUUCUGUGCAGUGCUGUGAGCAUAGGAGUGGCCUUGGCAGGGAGCUUGUGGGCAGAAGGCAAGAUGUUCACUUUUCCUACGAUCCUCCUGAUAGACAAGACGCCCCUCUUUGUUCUCCAGACACUCACACAAGACAGUCCUAAGUGGCUUCCCAUGAAGGAUGGUGGUCGCCUGGUUGCUGCUACCUGGCUCUUGGCAUCGUUCGUCUUCGCCUCCUCCUACAGUGGGAUCCUGACGGCCAUGCUGGCGGUGCCUAAGGUCACCAUCCCCAUAGACUCCGUGGCUGACCUGGUGUCCCAGACUAAAAUGCCCUGGCGUCUCGAGGCGGGGUCAAUGAAGCCGCAAUUCUUCAUGGAGUCAGAGGACCCAGUGAGGAGGAAGGUGGCGACGGACAUGUCCGGCACUAUUCCAGACUGCUGGUCUGCGCGUCAAGACAUCGCUGACGGGAAGUACGCUGCCAUCUGCGAUGAGACCUCCAUGAAAAAGUCUAUGUCCUGGGACUUCAGUGUUACAGGAAAAUGUCUGUAUAUCGCCAGCCACAAGGUGUACUCCAACGCUAUGAAGGCUAUGGCCUUUAAGGUCAACUCCACCUACCGCAAGCAAGCUGACCAAGUCAUCAUGAUGGUGAAGGAGUCAGGACUACUAGCGAGGUGGAUGGGUUUAGAGAUCACCAACACCAGCCAGUGUCUGCGACCUCCAAGUUCAGAUAAGAGGGAAGGUAUCGCUGCCCUCAGUCUGGAGGCUAUCUUAGGCCCCUUCCUUGUCUUAGCCUCAGAUUUUAUUGGUAAAAUGAAGCGUCAGUUACAUGUUAGCAUCUUUAAGCGCCUGGGAGGUGUUGUUAAGAUAAACACGCCGUUAGUUAUCCUGAUUGUCAACAUCGUUAAGUCGCGGACUACACCCUAA